AUGACUACAAAGGGUGAUUCAGAUUUACCGCGUACACAUGACGAAUGUCAAAUGUUAAUAUUGGAAUCGAAACGCGAUGCGAUGUUUGCCCGAAUGCAACGAAUCUACGAUGCCGCCUUGCAAGUAGAAAUUGAUGCUAGUAAACUACCUAAUCUUUUAUGCCAGUCAGGUAACCUAGACACUUUACGGAAGGAAUUCGAGCAAACAUUAGAUUCAUAUAACGCUAUACAGUUAAGAUUAAAUCCUAAAAAUCCUAUUAAUUAUCAAUCAUGGAUGUCAUUCGAGGAAUUAUUUUGUUAUGUCAAACAAGUCUUAGCGACUAACAGCAAUAAAGAAUCUGAAUCUAACAUGGCGUCUUUGUCAAAGUUCCCUAAAUUAAAAUCGCAUCUUCCGCCUAUUGAUCUUAUUUCAUUUAAUGGUGAUUUAACUAAAUGGCCGUUGUUUUAUCAGCAGUUUAAAAGUAUGAUUCAUGAUAACCCGAAUUUAAAUAAUAGUGAAAGGGUAUUUUACCUAGUCGGAAAAUUAACUGAUAGGGCUGCCGCAGUUUGUUCAGGGUUGCCAGCAACAGCUGAAAAUUAUAAUAUCAUCUGGGAUGCCUUAAUACAGAAGUACGACGACCCCCGCUCGCUCGCUUCCGCUUAUUUAAAUCAAGUGUUGCAAUUCAAGCCACUUGCUAAUAAUAAUGAUACCGCACUAGAUAAUUUCAUAAACACUUUUGAUUCAUCGGUAGAAGCACUUAAACAGUUAAAAAUUGAUUUGACUGAUUUUAUAUUCCUUCAUUUGGCUACGCUUAAAUUAGAUGAAGAUACCGUUAAAAUGUUUGAGCUAAUUAAUCGUAAAAAACAAAUUCCAACAUAUAAAAGUCUUAUAGAUUUUGUGAAGGAACAGAGCAAGGUGCUGUCUAGAGGGAGCAAUGUUAAUGCACAGUUGCAAAAUAAAGCUCGCUCUAAACACAUACCUAUACCUGUCACGAGGUCUACUAAGUCUACUAAGUCUUUUGUCAAUACGGAAAGCGCUCGUAGCUCUCAUGAAAAUCAUAAGUGUGUCGUCUGUAAAAACGAAAAGCAUGACCACUUAUACAAGUGCGCUGCGUUUAUGAAAUUAACUCCUAGGCAAAGGUACGAAAUUGUUAAAAAUAAUUCAUACUGUACAAACUGCUUAAGUACCUCGCAUAAAUAUUCCGCUUGUAGCAGCACUAAAAACUGCUCAAAUUGCUUUCCGCUUAAACGUCACCAUUCAAGUUUGUGUUUCGCUAAAUCUAGUAAAUCAAACUGUAGUGUCGUUGUCAAUGCGCCAACGUCACAUAUCUGUCCGCACCUUUAUAAUUGCUCACUGUCGCAAUCCGCUAAUUCGGAUGAUAUGUCUCGCAUUGUGCCGAACAAUCACUCUGAAAAUAAUGUAAUUCAACCCGCUCAUGCGUCAGCUUCGACGUCCGCUCCGACGUCCGCUCGGACGUCCGCUUAUACGUCCGCUAAUCAACCCGCUCAUACGUCUUGUAAUUUACCCGCUCAUACGUUUGCGCAUACAUCCGCUUAUACGUCCGCUAAUUCGCCCGCAAAAAUUAAUGUAUCAGAAUCGUCUAAUGAUUAA